AUGGAGCAGUCCCAAGUGAAAGUAGUGGCAUCAGCCACCGACAAUCCCAAGAAACAUACGAAGUCCUUCCCUGCGCCGACGCUAUCGAUCGCAAGACCCAUAGCCACCAAUUCGCGAAUAAGACAAGAUGAGCAGUACAGGAAGGAUAUGUACUUGGCUUUUAUCAAUAAUGCUCUGCAGCAGAAGGCCAAGGGGAAUAGCGAGGCUUUCGAUGAGCUCCUUGACCAGUUCAACCUGAAAAACUCUGCUUCUGGGGAGGCUCCUUCACCAUCCCCUCAAUUGCGUCUCUGGAUCCUAGCUCUGUCCCAUGUGGUCUCCAGGCUGGACCGUCCCCUUGCUCCGUUAGUCGAAGCUAUAGUGAACUUGCCUUGGACGACUAUGGAUAACGCAUUCGUCAAGUCAUAUACGACAUUCAUCGGAAUGCUGGUCAGCGCUCGGCCAGAAUACUUGUCGCUCGUGCUGGGCACUAUCACCCGAGGCUUUACUCAUCAAUCCGGACUCCAGGCGUUAGAUUCAAGCCUACCCGAAGGGUCAUCCCGUCCUCUCACCCGCCGCGUGGUCUAUGAACGUCAGCACUAUCUGUUGCGUCACCUGCUCUCUUUGAUCCCGACCUUGCCGUCGACCCUCCAGCCUUUACUUCUGAGUAAUUUCCCUCACAAGCGGCAGAGUCAAGUUGCGCAGAUUACGUAUAUUCGCAAUCUUCUUCAGGUCAUGGACUACUGCCCGGAACUGGCGGAUCGGAUAUUGGCGACAAUCGUCGAUCGUGCUCUGCAAAUCGAUGUUGAGAUCCAGGUUGAACUGGAGGAGCUCGAAGAGCUCGAGGGCGCCGGUGAGCAAGAGGAAGUAUUCGAAUUAGACCCCUUCGAUACGGUCGUCGGCCAGGAGGGCAGCGAUGAAGAGUCGGAAAGCGAGGAUGGGGACGACGUAGAUAACUUCAGCGAUCUAUCAUCCGACGCAGGAGGCGACGAUGAAUUGGGAGAGGAACCCGAAGUCCCUACCGAUUUUCGCCACGUUCAAGACAUGGUCAGUAAGCUGGAUGCGAUCCUCAAAUUAAUAUUUGACCACUUCAAUCGCACACAUGCGUCGACGCCACCCUUGCCGGCAUUGGUGCAAUCACCCAUGUCGUCUCGCCCCGACUCUCCGCUCUUUCCCUCGGAUACCCCCUCGGAGCCAUACAGACCGCCAUCCCCGGAGUCUCUUGAACGAGGUAAAGCGCGUCGCCGCGCACAGUUCCACGCUCUUCUAUCCAUAUUCGACCGUGCCAUCAUACGCACCUUCAAGUCACGGUAUACGCAAUUCCUGGUAUUUUGGUAUUCCUCUCUGGACCCCGAGUUCAGCGAUCUCUUCCAAGGGAUGCUAGUAUCCAAAGCUCUUUUGGAAGAUGAUCAGCCGGUGGUAACACGGGCUGCUGCCGCUAGUUAUAUCGCCAGCUUCGUGAGCAGAGCCCAGUUCGUUGAUCGAGAGGGGACCCGCCGAGUAGUCUCGGUGCUGUGUAACUUCUUGAAGAGCCACAUCGAUAUCAUGGAUGCCGUGACGAUGCAGACCGGUACUACUCUGCCACCCACGCAGAGUAUGGGCAACCACAGUGUAUUUUAUGCUGUAUGCCAGGCGGUCUUCCUCGUUUUCUGUUUUAGAUGGCGGGAUCUGGUGGAGGAGGAAGAGGAGGACAUGGACGAGCUCAGUUCAGUGGGUGCGUCCGCCCCGACCAAGAAGUGGAUGCCCGAGCUAGGCGUCAUCCAACGUGUCAUCACAUCCCCCCUCAACCCACUGAAGGUCUGCUCUGCAAACGUUGUGACACAGUUCGCUCGGGUCUCGCAAGCCACCGACUUUAUCUACUGCUACACCAUUAUGGAAAGUAAUAGGCGCAAUGAGACGGGGUAUAGCUCCGGUCCCUCGACUCCCGUUGGCAACGACCGAGGGACUCACUCCGCGCGGUCACGAGCGACUGCCGUCCAUCCAGCUGUCCUUGGGCACUCCAUCAACGCUGAACUGAAUACCUUCUUCCCGUUUGACCCUUACAAGCUUCCCAAGUCCGCCUCCUAUAUUGAAGGAGUGUAUCGAGAAUGGUCGUCCGUGGCUAUAGAUGACGAGGAGGAGGACGAGGGGGAGGAGGAGGAGGAUGAAGGGGACGUUGCCCAAGGUCCGGCCAUACCUACCUCCGACGCGACCCAGGACGAUACGGAUGGUCUUGGUGCGUCAUUUGGGGGUAUGAGUAUAAGCCCUAUACCACCGCGUAAUCUAGUCAGUGCUGGCUUGUAAUUCUCCGUUCCCUUAUAUUCUUAUGGAUGGUCGUGUUGUCGUCGGGU